GCGCAGGGGAUCCGAGCUGGGCAGGACAUGUGAGAUAGUCACAGUUUUCCAGAGAUCACGACAAGAUCUAACCAGUCGCGCGUGGUUCCCGGCGCCGGAGCGGGCCAGCCCAGCCCAGCCCGGCCUCGCGCAGAGCCCCCGCCGCCCCCGCGCACAGAGCCGCGUGCCCCUUGCGGUGCGCCGGACGGGGAGCCCGGAGGAGCAGCUGCCGCGCCCGCCACCCGGGUCGUCCGUCCUCCGCGCGCGCCGCCGCCCGGGCCGGGGGUCCGAGCCGCGCGCCCCCGGCCCCGGCCCCGGGGCGCCUGGGCCGGAUGUCCCGAUGAGAGAGCCGGCGCUGGCGGCCAGCGCCAUGGCUUACCACCCGUUCCACGCGCCACGGCCCGCCGACUUCCCCAUGUCCGCCUUUCUGGCGGCGGCGCAGCCCUCCUUCUUCCCGGCACUCGCGCUGCCGCCCGGCGCGCUGGCCAAGCCGCUGCCCGACCCCGGCCUGGCGGGAGCGGCGGCCGCGGCGGCGGCGGCGGCGGCAGCGGCCGAGGCGGGGCUGCACGUCUCUGCACUGGGCCCGCACCCGCCCGCCGCGCAUCUGCGCUCGCUCAAGAGCCUGGAGCCCGAGGACGAGGUGGAGGACGACCCCAAGGUGACGCUGGAGGCCAAAGAGCUGUGGGACCAGUUCCACAAACUAGGCACGGAGAUGGUCAUCACCAAGUCCGGGAGGCGGAUGUUCCCCCCCUUCAAGGUACGAGUCAGUGGCCUGGACAAGAAGGCCAAGUACAUCCUGCUGAUGGACAUUGUGGCCGCUGACGAUUGCCGCUAUAAGUUCCACAACUCGCGCUGGAUGGUGGCAGGCAAGGCCGACCCUGAGAUGCCCAAACGCAUGUACAUCCACCCAGACAGCCCAGCCACGGGGGAGCAGUGGAUGGCCAAGCCUGUGGCCUUCCACAAGCUGAAGCUGACCAACAACAUCUCUGACAAGCACGGCUUCACCAUCCUGAACUCCAUGCACAAGUACCAGCCGCGCUUCCACAUAGUGCGAGCCAACGACAUUCUGAAGCUGCCGUACAGCACCUUCCGUACCUACGUGUUCCCGGAGACCGACUUCAUCGCAGUCACUGCCUACCAGAAUGACAAGAUCACGCAGCUGAAGAUCGACAACAACCCGUUUGCCAAGGGCUUCCGGGACACCGGGAACGGCCGGCGGGAGAAAAGGAAGCAGCUGACGCUGCCGUCUCUGCGCUUGUACGAGGAGCACUGCAAACCCGAGCGCGAUGGCGCGGAGUCGGACGCCUCGUCAUGCGACCCUCCCCCAGCGCGGGAACCACCCACCUCUCCGGGCGCAGCGCCCAGUCCCCUGCGCCUGCACCGGGCCCGAGCUGAGGAGAAGUCGUGCGCCGCUGACAGCGACCCGGAGCCUGAGCGGUUGAGCGAGGAGCGUGCGGGGGCGCCGCUAGGCCGCAGCCCGGCUCCAGACAGUGCCAGCCCCACUCGCUUGACCGAACCGGAGCGCGCCCGGGAGCGGCGCAGUCCCGAGAGGGGCAAGGAAUCGGCCGAGAGCGGGGGGGACGGUCCGUUCGGCCUACGGAGCCUGGAGAAGGAGCGCGCCGAAGCUCGGAGGAAGGACGAGGGGCGCAAGGAGGCGGCUGAGGGCAAGGAGCCGGGCCUGGCGCCACUGGUGGUGCAGACAGACAGUGCGUCCCCCCUGGGCGCCGGACACCUGCCCGGCCUGGCCUUUUCCAGCCACUUGCACGGGCAGCAGUUCUUUGGGCCACUGGGAGCCGGCCAGCCGCUCUUCCUGCACCCUGGACAGUUCACCAUGGGCCCUGGCGCCUUCUCCGCCAUGGGCAUGGGUCACCUGCUGGCCUCGGUGGCAGGCGGCGGCAACGGCGGAGGCGGCGGGCCUGGGACCGCCACGGGGCUGGACGCAGGCGGGCUGGGUCCCGCGGCCAGCGCAGCAAGCACCGCCGCGCCCUUCCCGUUCCACCUCUCCCAGCACAUGCUGGCAUCUCAGGGAAUCCCAAUGCCCACUUUCGGAGGCCUCUUCCCCUACCCUUAUACCUACAUGGCAGCAGCAGCCGCAGCCGCUUCUGCUUUGCCCGCCACCAGUGCUGCAGCUGCCGCCGCCGCAGCUGCCGGCUCCCUAUCUCGGAGCCCCUUCCUGGGCAGUGCCCGGCCCCGACUGCGUUUCAGCCCCUAUCAGAUCCCGGUCACCAUCCCGCCUAGCACUAGCCUCCUCACCACCGGGCUAGCCUCCGAGGGCUCCAAGGCUGCUGGCGGAAACAGCCGGGAGCCCAGCCCCCUGCCCGAGCUGGCUCUCCGCAAAGUAGGGGCCCCGUCCCGCGGUGCCCUGUCGCCCAGUGGCUCGGCCAAGGAGGCGGCCAAUGAACUGCAGAGCAUCCAGAGACUGGUGAGUGGGCUGGAGAGCCAGCGAGCCCUCUCCCCAGGCCGGGAGUCGCCCAAGUGAGGGGCUGCCCAGCUGCUCCCCUGCCACGCAGGCCACCCGGGCUGCCUGCCCCUGCUGCUUGGGACGUGUACAGCACAGAAUGGGUAUUUAUUUAAAUAAAGGAGAAAAGUGGGCUGCAGCAGCCGGAAUAGAGCCUUGUCUGGCAAGUCGGGGCCUGGGACACUUCCCUGGGCCUCAACAAGGAAUCAGGCUGCCGGAAACAUAGUCACUUGGGAGCUGCUGGGCUAGGUCCAGAUCCGCUCCAGUGUCAAGGUGGCAUCCGAGGGUGACUCUGGCCUUCCAGCGCGGUGGGAGAAGCCCAGCGGUCCCGGCAGAAGCCAGAAGGUGCAGGGGCCAGGGGUGGGAGCAUCGGAGGGGGUCCCAGAGCCCUGGGCCUUGGGCCUGGACCGCGUGAGAAAACUGGGUUGAGGGAUGCUGGAGCCAGUUACGACUGAAGUCAGUGUAGACCUGAGCUGGGAGGGAACUUGUUAGUCCCCCCACCUCUUCCCUAAGAGACAGGCACCCCUCCUAGCCCUGGGUCAGCGGAGGGAGUGGCACUUCUGCCUUGAGUCCCCGGGGGAAAAAAAAGAUAUUUAUGAAAUAAAUGGUAAUUUGUGUAAAUAAGCUUUAAGGUUCCCAGAAUAUGCAAAUUGGUAUUAAUUUAUUCAAAGGUGUACAUUGCUGUGUACAUAUAUUUAGAGAUUAACUCAUACAUUUAAAGUUUUUUUCAUUUUACAUGAGCAUCUAGAUUGUACAGGGCUUAGGGGGCCUCGGCUGCGGGAGAAGGCCCCGAGCCCCAGAGGAGCCACCACCCCGCCGGCCCCUCGGCCCCUCCGCCCGGGUUUGACUCGCCCUGCCCGCGGGCUCCACCUCAGGUUUUCACUUUUCGCUCCGGAGCGAGAACGAAACGACAAAAACGCGAGAAAACAAUAAAACGCUACAAAGCGAA